AUGGUGGACAUUAACCAAUUGACUGACCAAGUAUUACAGCUUCUUAAGGAGAAAAUCCACUCGAAUUAUAGAAUUGCUGUACUAAUUGUGGGUCCACCAGGUUCAGGCAAAUCCACUGUUGCUACUGAACUCUGUAAGAAUCUCAAUUCUCGGAUGCAAACGUACCUUGAAAGGGCAGGUACAAAAAAGAGUUCUUUGGAUUUGAAGCAUUCGAGUGAGUCAAUUGACCUGUUGGGUGAUCUAACUGAAAUCUCAUCGGCUUUACGAGAUGAGUUGAAUAAUGAAACAACUGGUGGAAUCCUUGUCGAUCUUGUGGAGAAUAAAAGUUUCCGACCAGUAAAAUGGACACAUAAUGAUAAGACUGUUAUUAUUGGUAGAGGUGGACUUGCUAAUUCAAUUUCCAUCUCUGAGAACGAAAACAAUGCUUCUUCCCCUGUGGAGAUUGCUCAGGUGGUUCCUAUGGAUGGGUUCCAUUUAUCAAGGAGAUGUCUUGACAAAUUCCAGGAUCCUAUAUGGGCCCAUAAAAGAAGAGGAUCACCAGAUACAUUUGAUAGUAAUAACUUUUUGGAAUUAUGCAAAGUUAUCUCCAAGACAUGUAUGAUUAAACCACCUCAGACAUCUGAAAAGGAGCUCAUGGAAAUAAUAGCGGAUACAUUUAUAGAUAACGUACCAAGUAUUUCUAUACCUGGGUUUGAUCAUGCUAAGAAAGAUCCUGAUGUUGGAUCGUAUUGUAUUUCAAGUUUUAAUCGAAUCAUUAUCUUGGAAGGACUGUAUUUAUUGUAUGAUACGGAAAAUUGGUCACAUAUUUAUCCCAUCUUUGAGAAUACAGAUGCGGUGGUUGCACUUAAUAUUGACAUUGAUGAGGCUGUCAUUGAGGACAGAGUUGCCAAGAGGCAUCUUCAAUCUGGACUAGUCGAAACUUUAGAAGAAGGAAGAGCUAAAUUUGAAAGUAAUGAUCUCUUAAACGCACGUUCAAUAAGAGAGCAUUCAAUAGAUUCCGACAGUAUCAUUCAAAUAAGAAAUGAUUAA